GAACAGUUCACAGCCAUGAGAGAUCUGUACAUGAAGAAUGGCCAGGGCUUUGCGUUAGUGUACUCCAUCACAGCCCAGUCCACCUUCAACGAUCUGCAAGACCUACGAGAGCAGAUCCUCAGAGUCAAAGACACUGACGAUGUUCCGAUGAUUCUGGUGGGUAAUAAAUGUGAUCUGGAGGAUGAGCGUGUUGUGGGGAAGGAACAGGGACAGAACCUGGCCAGACAGUGGAGCAGCUGUGCUUUCCUGGAGUCCUCCGCAAAGUCCAAGAUCAACGUCAACGAGAUCUUCUAUGACCUGGUCAGGCAAAUCAACAGGAAAACCCCAGUACCUGGGAAAACACGCAAAAAGUCCAACUGUCAGCUCCUCUAAUACACAGCUGCUCUGUCGCACUGAGCCAGGUCUGAUUUGCUGCUGUCUCUCUCAGCAGUGCCAGCAUUCCGACGUUACUAAAACCUAACAUGGAAUGGACUUUCCUGUGUGGUGACGCCCCUUUAACAACCAACAAACAAACCGACCAAUGGAUUCAAAGCUACAAUACAUCAGUUUUUACACACAGAUUAACCAUUAUCACUCUCCAGUGUCACGAGAACAAGAUUUCUACUUAGAAAUAUAGAUAUUCCAACUGUAUGCAACUGAAAUGGAAAGAUUACGUUCAUAAAAUAAAGUAAAAUGAAAUAGGUAAAUCAGUCAAUAUGAACCAAAAUAAAAUCCCGAUUCCUACACACAGUGUUAUUGCUAACGGAGACAGUAGCCGUAGAAACGGAUGUCUAACCAGAAUGUGCACGUUGCCACGGUGAUGCGGUAUUUAUAAGCACCUCUAUAUUAGCCAGAGAGAAAAAGACAAAGUCCCAAAGAGGCACCCUAUAUAGUUCAGUUCAUACAGAUAACUUGCUCCUGGGGUUUAUUUUCUAACUUUUUUUAUUUUCCUUCGAUCAUUCAACAUCAUUUCUCUGUCUUCUUCUGUCUUUUUUUUAAAUGACUAGUUUUGUCUCUACUGAGAGAUGCUAUACUGCGACAGCUAUUGAUAUGAGUUUUAUUUUGAGGAGUAAACCUGUGGCUACAACCAGUUAUUAUUAUAUGUGAGUUUUAUUUGAGAAGUAAACCUGUGGAUACAACAGUGAUGAUUAUAUGUGUAAAAAGAGAAAAAAAAGUAUCAUGUUUUUUCAGUAAUGAUCAUAUUGUCUUUUAGCCUGAUGAUGUUGCCUUCAAAUAGUUUUUUUUUUCUUUCUGGAGAAUCUAUCUAUGAUCCAAUCAUCUUUCUUUCUGGAGAAUCUAUCUAUGAUCCAAUCAUCUUUCUAUGUCUUGCCUGGGUUUUCUAGCGUCUGAAAUGGCACCCAAGUGUAUUAUAUUUGACCAGAGCCCAAUGGUUUCCCUGUGGGUUUCCCUAUUGGUUUCCCUAUUGGUUUCCCUGUGGGUUUCCCUGUGGGUUUCCCUGUGGGUUUCCCUAUUGGUUUCCCUAUUGGUUUCCCUAUUGGUUUCCCUGUUGGUUUCCCUGUUGGUUUCCCUGUUGGUUUCCCUGUUGGUUUCCCUGUUGGUUUCCCCGUUGGUUUCCCUGUUGGUUUUUCUAUUGGUUUCCCUACUGGUUUCCCUACUGGUUUCCCUCUUGGUUUCCCUAUGGGCCCUGGUCAAAAGUAGUACACUAUAUAAGGAAUUAGGGUGCAAUUUUGGAGGCAGCCCUUGUGUUGUUUACAAAGAUGUUUGUACAGUGGGGUUUUUCAAUUGGGGUUGUGGUCAAAGAGGGACUGGACAUUUUAACAAGCGACCAAACUUCUGAGACACCAAUGGCCGAAGUGACUGGGCGAUCCUCAUCAUGUUUUUUUUUUUUUUUUUUUUUUUUACUUUAUCCUUCCAAGGCCGUCUCUCAUUGGUUGGUUUGUCCAGUUAGCCAAUCCCCUCUCAUGGAAUCUGCGAUCUACAACAGGAAGUAUAGAUUUUUUUUAUUUUUAAAUUAGGGUUUUUAAUACGAAAAAAAUAAAUGAAAUAAUGUCA